CGGCCCACUCUCCAGCUCUGGCUCAUCCACUUCGCUCAACAGCCACCGGCACCGCCUACUCCCCUCGCCGGCCAGGUCCCAUGGCAGCGGCGGCGUCCACGGCGACGCUCUCCGUCCGCGCCCGUCCGCUCCCCAGCACCCUAAGCUCCAGCCCCCGCGCCGCUAGCCUGGCCCCAUUCGCGUCACGCCCACGCCCCCGCCCGCUUCGCACCACCGCGGCCGCCACCCUCCGGGAGGUCUGCUCCGGCCGCGUCCCCGACCACGUCCUCCAGAGGGCUGAGGAUGUUGGGUACGUCUCACCCACCGAGGUGCAGGAGCAGUCCCUGCCGGUGCUCCUCUCCGGCCAAGACUGCAUCCUCCACGCCCAGACAGGUUCAGGGAAGACGCUGGCCUACCUCCUAGCGGUCUUCGCGGCGAUCGACGUCGGACGGUCCUCGGUGCAGGCGCUGGUCAUCGUGCCGACGCGGGAGCUCGGCAUCCAGGUUACCAAGGUCGCCAGGCUUCUCGCGGCCAAGACUUGCAACGUCAUGGCCUUGCUCGACGGCGGGAUGCUGACGAGGCAAAAGAGCUGGUUAAAGGCAGAGCCCCCUGCGAUAAUUGUAGCAACCGUUGCAAGCUUGUGCCAGAUGGUUGAGAAGCGUGCUUUCAGUCUUGGAUCAAUCAAAAUAUUAGUUAUUGAUGAGGUUGAUUUCAUUUUUGGAUCGACAAAGCAAGUGAACUCCCUCCGCAAAAUAUUGAAUUCUUACACAGCAGCUUCCAGCCGUCAGACCAUAUUUGCUAGCGCAUCCAUACCUCAGCACAAUCGCUUUGUGCAUGACUGCGUGCAACAUAAAUGGACCAAGAGCGAUGUGGUUCAUGUUCAUGUCAACCCUGUACAACCCAUGCCUUCACACCUACAUCACACAUAUGUGAUCUGCAGCAAGAAGGAACGGUUGCAUGUUUUGCUAUCCUUGCUUGAGAGGGAUGCACCAAAGUCAGUGAUUAUAUUUGUCGCUCAACAGUCUGAGAAAUCAAAAAGGGCUGGAAAUCCUCCGUCGUCUACACUUGUUGUCGAGUUCCUGAGGACAGAAUACAAAGGCACCCUAGAGGUGCUUGUACUAGAAGAAGAUAUGAACUUCAAUGCUCGGGCCACCUCAUUCACUGAAGUCAAGGGAAAAGGUUUCCUGCUGGUUUCUACUGACAUAGCGAGCAGAGGGUUUGACCUUCCGCAGACCAGCCACAUAUACAACUUCGACCUUCCUAAGACGGCGACCGACUACCUCCACCGUGCCGGAAGAACCGGGAGAGAACCGUUCUCCAAGUCAGAGUGCAGCGUGACGACACUCAUAACGGAGGAGGAGCACUUCGUGCUACAGAGGUUCCAGAACGAGCUCAAGUUCCACUCUCAACGGCUGCCCUUGGAGUCCAUGUUCACUUUCAACCUGUAAAUAGUUUCUUCCUCCAUGUUUUAUCUGGACCAGAGGUUUUUGUAUGUAGAGGUGCUAACGGCCGUGAAUCUUGAUAAGCUUGUCAAAUUCAACCGCAUUCAGUUCCUAA